AUGCAAAUAUUUUCUCUGCAAGAGGUUAUGGCCGCUGUAAACACUCCAGAACCCGUCAAACUAGAAGCAAUUUUCGACGGUGCAUUAAAGUGGAAUAAGAAGACAUUUAAGGACAAAGGCACACUCACUUGGUGGUUGGAACUUGAACUUACCGAUGAUGAUUUCUGCAUUUCCGCAUUCUUUAAAGGAGCUUCUAAAAUGAAAAUUAGUAUCGAGGCUGAAUUCAAACUUUUAUAUCCAGCUCAAGAACCACUCAUAAAAGAGGAAAAAAAAGAUUUCGAUUGUACAAAUAAGAGAAAUAAAUACGAAGUUCGCACCAUGUUCACUGAAGAUGAAGCUAAGAAUCGCUUUGAAAACGGUUCCGACUUGCGAUUUGAAGUUGAUUUAACAAUAGUCAAGGAAAACAAUUCUGAAAAGUCAAGUGUUGAACCAAAACCUGAAGCCAAACAAGAACCCACAGUAAAUCAGUAA